AUGAACUCUCCAUUGUCUCAUAGGAUAGAAGCACCUCCAUUUGUUGACACAGAAAUUAACUUCGAAGGAUCAGACUUGUUUCUUCGAGAGCUCGACAAAGUGCUUGAAAUAUGUCCACUCCUUUUCCAGAUAGGUGAAGUGACGAUAAUGACAAAAAUUCUUCAUAUUAAAAUUCGAUUACAUAUUCUAGUUCCCGCAAACAAAUUUGACAAUAUUCUGCUUGAAGAAUUUCAUCAAAUAAUUAAAGAUUUGACCGUCGGAAUUUAUUGUUUCAGUCAAGUCCCAAAUCUUACUUUGGAAACCAAUGCUGACAUGAGCAGUGAAUGCAAUAUAUCGCCGGUUUACAAAAAAACCAGAGUUGCUGAAAUUGUGACUGAAGUGGACUACAUGGUCAAGGCCCUUUGGCAUGGGUCUUUUUUCCCAAAAGAAAAAAGACUCAAGUUUUCAGACACGUGGAGAAAAAAACUAGAUGUCGACGAAAAUGGUCAAAUACAGACCAAAAGAGACAUAUUUAGCGAAUUUGAAGCUUGGGACUACGCGGACAGCAAUGGAUGGUUACCAAUUCAUUAUGCUUCUGCAUUCAAUCACCCAUCGAUUAUUCGCGUGAUCAAAAAAAGAAGCAAUAUGCAACUAAAUUGCUUCGUUAGUUUGUUUCAAUCUCCUAUCCAUGUUGCAGCAAAAUACGGAGCACUAGACUCGAUCAAAUAUCUAUUGGAUAGCGGAGUUGAUUUCUUGACAUGCGAUUCAAACCAGGCUACGAUAACCAGACUGGCAGCAUUAUCUCUUCAUCCAUCAGUCCUUAAAUACCUAAUUGAAAAGAACUUGAAAGGAAUAAGUGUAUGGGAGGAAUUGGGAGAAUGUCUAAUAAAUUUGAGAAUAUUACUUGAAAUGGACGAAGGUAGAGAUGACGAAGAAGAUUGUCUUAUCUCUUCAAUUGUGAAUAAAAUUUCCAACAAAAUCGAAAUAUGCAAAGAACUAACUCAUACAACCUUCAUGAAUUAUUUUGUCUUGCUUUUAUAUUUUGACAACGAUAAAAUUAUAUUGACUGUCACCGAGACUCUUGCAAAUGUAUUACAAAAAUUUUUGAAUUUAUCGGUUAAACAAGAAGCAGCCACUUGCCUAGAGGCACUGAGAGGAAAUGUGGUUUUACAGAAAAAAAAGGUGGCAGAAGCGUUGGGUGUUUCAAGAAUUACUGAACUUCUACUGAGUGUAGAAAGGCUUAAAAUAUUCGGUUUAGUACGGUUCAUUGCGAAAUGUAUCUCAGUUUUAAUGGAAAACUUGUCUUCAAAAAACUCUAAUCAUGUUAUUGUGGCAGCAAGAAGAAUUUCUAGUUUGCUGAAUUCCGAUUGCGGAAUCGGAUCUGCAUUUGUUACUGCUGGUUUGGUCGAAACGUCUGUAAAACUACUAAAAAAUACAAACCAUGAUGUUGCAGAAGCUCUUGCGACACUGAUUGGAUAUUUGACAUUCAAUACUACAGCCUUCAGAAUGCUGUUAACUGCUGUACGGUGCAUUCCAAAAAUAUAUUUUGAUUUGAUUCAAAAUAUUAAUAAGGACGCCAAAAUAAAUUCUACUUUUGUUGAAACAUUUCAAGAUAAUUUAAUUUCUGGUCUACCCAUAUAUAGGUUUAAAUUAUUUUAUAUUUCAAAGGAGACCAAAAAGUAG